AUGCAGUUCAAGGCCAUCACCGCCCUUACCACCCUCGUCGCUGCCGUCUCUGGUCUUCCGGCCUUCGGCGCCACCAACGGCACCACCAACGGCACCGCUCCCGGCCUCCCCGCCGGUGCCAAGUUCCACCUGAUGGCUCUCCGCUCCGCCUCCCCCAUCCACUUCUCUCAGCUCCAGGCUGCCAAGAGCUCCAUCUUCCUCCAGCUGCCUUCCCAGGGUGCCUCUUGUGACCAGCAGAACGCCACUGAGGCCGCCACCUUCACCAUUGGCGACGACGGCGGCCUGUACCUGUACGCCGCCUCCGCCACCCCCCAGCAGCUCUACGCCGACCGAUCCGGCAUGGGUCAGGGCAACCUCGGCUACACCACCGGCGCUCAGCCCGGUCCCCGCAACGGCGAGCGCACCGGCUGGACCAUUGACGCCUACGGCGACCUUACUCUCCGCGGCUCCAGCUUCCUCGCUUGCCCCAACAGCAUCGACAACGCCUGGAGCGUCUGGGUCUCCGCCGGCGUCAGCCAGCCCGCCGGCCUCACCGACUGCCUCGGAUUCUCUGCCCGCGCUGUCCCCGUGGCCAACCCCAACUCCUGCUCUUACACCUCUUCUUAA